CUGGAGCCUGGCCUGUAAAGGUCAUCAUCGGAGACUCGGGGUCAUCACAGUCCAUUGUCGUCUCCAGAACACUGCAGCCCUUCAGAAUUCCAAUGGUAUGAAAUCAAUAUGAGUUCAUUGUAUAUGUUCGCAUCUAAGAGUUUUAAGUGCAUAGUUUGUCCAUCAGUAAAAUUAAUUAAAAGGAACACCUGAUAAAACUAGAGGGUUUGACAUGUACUGUAAGAUAGCACAUCAUUUUCUAAUAAUUUAUUUGUUUUAAUCUGAAGGAAUAUUAAUUACAGUAAGCUUUUACAGGCAAAAGAAAUGCAUCGGUUCUUAUGUAUCAAGACACAUAUCAAAUAGCUGUGGUCAUGUUCAACAGGCAACAGAAAAAAAGUUCCAGCCGCAACAGAGUUUUCUUAAUAUACAGGAAGAUAAGUAGGGGCUAGAAUGAUCACUGUAAAAAUAAAAUACAGUGAAGUGCAAAGCUCUUGUUUGUAAAAUUAAUAAUGUCCAUUUUCUUGCACAGUGUACUUGAGCACAUGAUUUAUGACAAGAUUUGGGUUUUUAUUUACAUCUUCCUAGGCCUUUGGGGUUUAUUUUAAACUUUUUCUUUUUCAGAUUAGCUAUGUUUCAACAUGUUCGUGCCUCAGCGAUAGGAGAGAAUUCCCAACGUUUUUUCGAACAAUCCCUAAUGACAAUUACCAGGUCAAAGCAAUCACUCAGCUCAUAAAGCGCUUCGGCUGGAGUUGGGUAGCUGUGGUCUCAGAGGAUGACGAAUACGGCAGGUUUGCCUUGCAGGGCCUGCUGAAGGAAUUUAAACAAAACGGAGUGUGCCUGGCCUAUUAUGAAAUGAUUCCAAAAGUGUACAGUCAAAAAAGAAUCCUAGAGAUCAUAGAUGUAAUUAAGCGUUCUACUGCCAAAGUGGUCAUAACCUUUGCUGGGGAAGGGGAGCUCUACCCCCUGCUGAAGGAGUAUGCUGCUCAGAACAUCACUGGCAUUCAGUGGAUAGCCAGUGAAGUCUGGGUCACGGCCUCGCUGUUUGCAGCCAGCGAGUUCUACCCUUCUCUCGGUGGUACUAUCGGGUUUGCCAUUCGCCGGGGACAGAUCCCUGCUCUGAGAGACUAUCUCCUGAAAGUUCACCCUUCCCUGUAUCCCAACAACACGCUGGUGCAGGAGCUCUGGGGCGACAAAAUAAUUUCCAAUUGUGCUAUUUAUUUUGACAGCUUUGACCCUAGAGCUUUUCGCUGGGCUCAGACGAUGAGAUUAGCAAUUCAAGAGAUAAAUGAUAAUCCAUACCUGCUUCCCAAUGUAACCUUGGGCUAUAAGAUUUAUGAUUCCUGUGCAACUCAUGUGGCUGGCCAGAGGGCUAUUCUGACAGUUCUUAAUGGCCCCAGUGAAGUGUCCAGCAGGAUGUGCUCUGGAGCCUGGCCUGUAAAGGUCAUCAUCGGAGACUCAGGGUCAUCACAGUCCAUUGUCGUCUCCAGAACACUGCAGCCCUUCAGAAUUCCAAUGAUUAGCUAUUUUUCAACAUGUUCGUGCCUCAGCGAUAGGAGAGAAUUCCCAACGUUUUUUCGAACAAUCCCUAAUGACAAUUACCAGGUCAAAGCCAUUACUCAGCUCAUAAAGCGCUUCGGCUGGAGUUGGGUAGCAGUGGUCUCAGAGGAUGACGAAUAUGGCAGGUUUGCCUUGCAGGGCCUAAUGAAGGAAUUUAAACACAUCGGAGUGUGCCUGGCCUAUUAUGAAAUGAUUCCAAAAGUGUACAGUCGAAAAAGAAUCCUAGAGAUCAUAGAUGUAAUUAAGCGUUCUACUGCCAAAGUGGUCAUAACCUUUUCUGGGGAAGGGGAGCUCUACCCCCUGCUGAAGGAGUAUGCUGCUCAGAACAUCACUGGCAUUCAGUGGAUAGCCAGCGAAGCCUGGGUCACGGCCUCGCUGUUUGCAGCCAGCGAGUUCUACCCUUCUCUCGGUGGGGCUCUUUUUUAUAUCUCAAAGCUUCAGCACUACCUACAAGAGGUUUCGUUCAACAGCUCUGGAGAAGAAGUAAACUUUGAUCAGAAUGGAGAUCCUAUUCCUUCCUAUGAUGUGAUAAACUGGCAAAGAGCAGCAGAUGGGAAUAUCGAGUUUUGCACAGUAGGACUUUACGAUGCUUCCCGAGGUGCUGGAAAAGAGCUCUUUAUACAGGAAGAUGGUAUCACCUGGAAUGGCCACCCAGGCAAGGUUCCAGUGUCUGUGUGCACGGAAAGCUGUCGUCCUGGAACGAGAAAAUCUGUCCGCAGAGGGGAGCCUCUUUGUUGCUUUGACUGUAUACCAUGUGAUGAUGGCAAAACUAGUAAUCAGACAGAUUCAAUAGAGUGCAUACCAUGUCCUCCAAAUUACUGGUCAAAUGCUGCAAAAACAGACUGCAUACCCAAAGAGGUGGAAUACCUGAGCUAUGAUGAAAUGGGGAUCACACUGGCAGUGAUUGCUCUACUGGGAGCUUGCCUUACGAUUGGUGUCCUUGUGGUCUUCCUUCACUCCAGAAACACUCCGAUAGUCCGGGUUAACAACUCGGAGCUCAGCUUCUUUAUCCUGCUGUCACUCACACUCUGUUUCCUGUGUUCUGUUGCUUUCAUAGGACAGCCGACAUAUUGGUCUUGUAUGUUUCGGCACACUGCCUUUAGUGUAACCUUCUCUAUGUGCAUAUCCUGCAUUCUUGGGAAAACGCUGGUCGUUCUAGCAGCUUUCAAAGCGACGAGGCCUGGCAGUAAUGUCAUGAAAUGGUUUGGACCCAGGCAGCAACGGAUGAUCAUUUUCGCAUGUACUGCAGUACAAGUAGUCACCUGUACUAUAUGGCUGAUAGCUGCUCCGCCAUUCCCCCUUAAAAACACUGUCUAUCAGAGGUCAAGGAUCAUACUGGAGUGUAGCACUGGCUCUGAUUUGGCUUUCUGGUGUGUACUGGGCUACAUUGGGGUUUUGGCUUGUUUGUGUUUUGUUCUUGCCUUUUUAGCUAGGAAACUGCCAGACAAUUUUAAUGAGGCGAAGUACAUUACAUUCAGCAUGCUCAUCUUUUGUGUCGUGUGGCUGGUUUUUAUACCCGCGUAUGUCAGUUCACCAGGAAAGUACACUGUGGCUGUUGAAAUAUUUGCAAUUCUGGCCUCUAGCUUUGGGCUGCUUGUGUGCAUAUUUGCUCCAAAAUGUUAUAUUAUUUUAUUGAAACCUGAAAAAAAUACCAAACAUCACCUGAUGGGAAGAGUAAAUGCCAAAACAAACAGUGAAACAUAA